GUGAACAAAGAAUGUAAUCAAAUUUGUAUGGGUUGGUUAUUUUGUGGUCCAUAUCUACUGACAUGACCUGGUCCACCGGUUCAUCUCUAGCCGUUUGUUAAAGAGGCUGAUUCCAAUGUUGAUUUCCAGUCUUUUCCUUGGCAUUCGCCGUUGCCUUUGAUCCCAUCCUUUCUAUUUUUUCUUUUGAGAUGCAGAUAGAAGAUCUUCAUGGAAACGCUGAUCCGAUUGACCUGAUAUCCAGCUGAUAUAAUUUGUCUUUUUCCAAUCGUAUUCAUUAUAGACAGAUGAAAAACAAACAGUUGGUACGAACCAUUUCUGGUCGAAUUCGCGAGUGUUUAUAACGCGAUUUACAAGUGGAUGCAGAUCCAUCGGAUCGACUCGAUCGCAUUGAAACGUCACGUUAUAAACGCAGCCAGUGUUUCUGUAAUUUGCCGGGUUAAAUUAAUACAAUACAGUAAUGUCAAGUUUAAAAAUGCGACAAUAAAAACUGUUCAGUCGUAAGCUGUGCUUGACAAUCAGGGAACAAAAGUCAAAAUACUAGUUUUGUAUUCAGCAAUGUACAAGCAAUAAUAAUCUGGUCCAGAGAAUUAUUGCUUUUGAGAAAGAUGGUUUUUGUGUUUUUUUUGGUGUCGCCUUUCGACAAAGUCUAAGCCCUGAUGAUGGCUCAAAGCCAAAAGCGCUAGGAAGCUAGUAAUAUACAUUACGCUUUACGCUGAACACAAAACUAGUACCUACCUAUUUUGACUUUUAUUUCCUGAUUUAAAAAUGCGAUUUUCAACUCACGUUUCUAAUUCAAUGUGCUGUUGCAUAUAUUAUGGCACCAAAGCUUAUUUUAUUGGAACGUGUUUUGGCGUGCUUUUAAAAAUAUUUUCGUUCGUCUAGACUGCUAAGCUAAGAUUAUAAAAAGUUAUAGGAAUUUUCCUUGACUUACGGAAGGCAUUUGACACUGUGGCACACUCGAUUCUGCUUAAACGUCUAGAGCAGGUUGGUAUCAGAGGUGUUCCAAUGAAUCUUGUUAAAUCAUACUUAACCAACAGAAAACAGAGUACUAACAUAUCAGGUGUUCAGAGCAAUAAACUAGAGGUAGAGUUGGGUGUGCCGCAGGGUACAGUGCUUUCUACAUUACUUUUUAAUAUAUACAUAGAUGGUCUUAUGUCUUUGCUUGAUAGAGAGGAUAUCUUUUGCUUUGCAGAUGAUUCUUGUGCAGUGAUUAGUGGGGAGAACUGGGAAUCUGUGAAAAUGAGUGCUGAAGAGGCUUUGCAAAAAAAUCAAAAGGUGGCUAGAUGGCAGUUUACUGUCACUCAAUAUAGAUAAAACUAAAAUAAUAACUUUUUCUUUGUCUACGCGCUCAUUACCAGAUUUUCAAAGUGUUAAAUUGCAUGAUGCUUCAUGCAAAUUGGAUACUCAAUGUAAUUGUGUUGAAAUGGUUCAAAGAAUCCCUUCCCUCAAAUAUUUGGGGGUGUUCAUAGAUGGAACUUUCACUUGGAAGGAUCAAAUAAAAUAUGUCACUAAUAAAAUAAGGAAGCUUAUUUAUAAAUUUUAUGAAUUAAGACACAUUUUAUCUUUUGAAAUACUUAAACAAGUGUAUUAUUCUCUUAUAGAAUCUAUUCUGAACUAUGGCAUAGUUGUGUGGGGAAAUGUAGGUUCUACAAUACUGUCCAAGCUCUUAAUUGCACAAAAGUGGUUGAUAAAAGUUAUACUUUUCAGGAAUGAAAGAUAUCCAACUGAAUUAAUCUAUAAAGAAAGUGGUUUGUUAAAUAUUAAUCAAUUGUAUAUCAAAUCAGUAAUAAGGUAUAUGUUAAAAAACACCGACUAUAGACAAAAUAUAACACACGGCAUAAAUACUAGAAAUGUAGUUCAAAAUAAUCUAGUACGAGGCAUCCCCAGGCAUACUAUCUGCCAAAAUCAUAUUUACUGUGUAGGACCAAAAGUUUUCAACUCACUACCCCAAAAACUUGAAAUCAGAACCUUAUUGUAAAUUGAAAAGGCAAAUUACAAGUUGGAUAGUAGACAGUAGUUUUAGUAUUAAGUACAUAAUAUAAGAAAGGAGAAAGGCAAUUGUGUAUUGGUUAAUUGUAUUUUUAAUUGUUUUGCUUAAAAGUUUUAUUCUUAUUUUUCAUUUCCGUUUUCAACAUACCUCAAUUUGUUACUAAAGAUAAAAGAAAGUGGCGCACACACAGUAUUCUUAAUACUAUCGUGCGUCAAAAUUGUUAGCAGUAGAUUUUAUUUUAUUUUAGUUCUACGUAAGUGGGGAACUAAUGUUAUAUUUUUAUUGUUUUUACUUUUUUUGUUAACUAUUGCUAAUAAAUAAAUAAAUAAAUAAAUAAAUAAAUAAAUAAAUAAAUAUUAGAGACCACAGUAGUAAAAUAAAUUCAUCUAAUUAUGUCUUAAGUCCCAACUACAAGUCACAUCAACCAAUCUACAGUGGACUGAGGAUUAUCCACACAAUAUCAAAUUUUAAUUUAAGAUCCACAAGACCAGAAAGUACAAGUACAAUACAACAUGGCAAUAUCUACCGGUUACUUUCACGAUCACAUUGCCCGGCGUCUAAAAACAAGUUUUGGCCUGCGCCUGAGGGCUAGCAAGUACGCUAGAACUUAGCUUCAAAAAUAUACAGCUGCGCACCAUAAAACCUGUUGGUUGCAGAAGGGGGGGAUGAGUUACAUAGUUUUUGACUAUUUUUCAAUAAAUGUCUCUUGACCUAACGAAAUUAUGGUUUAAACAGAUAUUUCAAGUUCUGGGGUAGGUUAUCUUAUUCAAAGCCCCCGCUUACCUAGUGCGCCACUGACCUAAUGUAUGUGGGAUCAAUCGAUUAACCAAUUUCAAAAGCUCUUUUCAUAUUUCUGUGCUUUCAAAAAUGUAUAAGUAUAUUUCUAAUCACGCUCAUGCGCCCUAAGUAUCAAAAAACAUGUUGUUUCACAGUUUUUGGCCGCCAUCUUGAAUAUCUCGUUUCUGGUUGAGAUAUCGACUUGGUAACAUGCAUUUUUGGAUUCAGUGGGGUCAAAUCAGCUAGGAAACACCAUUAACUAAAAAGUAACACAAUUUGCUUCUAGACUCGUACCGGAAGACAAAUAUAGUCUCGACUAUUGCAGUUCUCGCAUUAUGUCUCUCCAAUGACAGAAAUCUUGGGUUCGUUAAUUCCAAAAUCAAAGUCCAAUUAAUUAACACAACCGUAAUUUAUUCUACGUUACUAUAGACUCCGACACUUAUUACUUCUAGAAUCAGCUCAGCUGUCCAAUUAUGUAGACCCUGGCGCUUCCGCCAGAUUUUCGAGACAUUAUAUUGUUUCUGAAAUAUCGUUUAUAAUGAAACUCUUGAACAUAUUAUAGGAACUUAUUCUCAAACGUAAUUUAAAAUCUCACACUUCUACUUCUAGAGAAAUAUGUCUUUAUUUCGAACCACUUAAUAGAUUGAUGGUUUGGUAUCUGAUAAGUUAAGAAAAAUGUGAUAGUGGAUCACUUGAACAAUUUGCUAUAAAAAUUUCAAAUAGUUAUCAUCUUUGUAGGUACUUGAAGUUUAAUUUUUUUUUUUUUUUUCAAAUGAGGAUCCUCUCAGUGACUUUUUUAGUUUUUUCAGAAAUUUUAAUUUCCUCUCAAGAUGAAGUUAUCAACAAUAGACGUUUUCCAGAAUCCUUCAAAUUUGGCGUAGCAACGUCUGCCUUCCAGAUUGAAGGUGCCUGGAACGAAGAUGGUAAAGGAGAAAGUAUGUGGGAUAGAUUUUUGCACAACAAUUCAAGUAAGACUUUAGAUAGAAGAAAUGCCGACGUAGCAUGUGAUUCCUAUCACAAAUGGCGAGAAGAUGUUCAACUGUUGAAGGAACUAGGUGUAAAAAUUUAUAGAUUCUCCAUUUCUUGGCCCAGAAUUCUUCCAGAUGGAACAACUAACAAAAUCAAUCAAGCUGGUGUAGAUUAUUACUUGAAUCUUCUUAAAGAACUUAAAGCAAAUAAUAUCGAACCUCUAGUAACCCUCUACCAUUGGGAUUUACCUCAGCACUUGAGUGAACUUGGUGGUUGGCUAAAUCCACAAAUAGUCGAUUAUUUUGGCGAAUUUGCAAGAUUAUCAUUUAGACUAUUUGGUGAUUAUGUGAGACAAUGGACGACAGUGAACGAACCGAAAACUGCUUGCCUUUUGGGCUAUGCUAAUGACUAUGGCGCCCCUGGACUAUGGUUAGUUGCCGAUGGUGUCUAUCAAUGUGCUAAGAUUCAACUUCUCGCCCAUGCUAAGGCUUGGCAUAUUUAUGAUGAUGAGUUUCGAGCUAGCCAAGGAGGAAAAAUCGGUUUCGUCUUGGACACACCAUGGAACGAACCAGCAAGUGAUAGUGACUUGGAUAGAGAAGCAGCUGAAAGAGAAAUGCAAUUUGGCUUUGGUUGGUUUGCCAACCCUGUUUUCAUCGGAGAUUGGCCCCAAGUUAUGAAAGAUAGAAUAGCCAACAGAAGCAAACUCGAAGGGCUGGGAUUUUCUAGGUUGCCAGAAUUUACACAAAAAGAAAUAGAUUAUAUUAAUGGGACUCAUGAUUAUAUUGGACUUAACAUAUACACUGGUAAAUUAGUUGAAUACUUACCAGACUACGAGAUCGGUACCCCAAAUUAUAAUUUCGACAACGGAAACAACGUGUACUGUGAUCCUUCAUGGCCAGCGUCAUCAUCAGACUGGCUGUUUUACUAUCCAUCGUCAAUCCGAAAGCUAGUCAACUAUGUCAACGAAAAAUAUUCACCCGAAGAAAUAUUUAUCGCUGAAAACGGUUGGGCUGAUCAUGGUGAAAUUGAUGAUCAAAGUAGAAUCCGUUAUCAUAAAGGAUACUUGAGCAACUUGCUAGAUGCCAUUCUAGAAGAUGGCGUUAACGUUGUAGGAUAUACUGCAUGGAGUUUCAUGGAUAAUUUUGGAUGGGGUGCUGGAUAUACUCACAGAUUUGGAUUCAUCUCGGUAGACCAUGACAGUCCCAACAGAACCAGGACUUGGAAAUCAUCUGGAAGAUACUACCAGAAAGUCAUACGGACUAGGUGCUUGGUGGAUACUUGCGUUGAUUGACUUAAAAUUGUUAGUGAAAUUAUUAAAGCAAUGUAGCCGGAA